ACGUGACAUCAUAUAUUUGCGUUCUAAACUUUACUAGAAAGUUUUUAGAUACAUGGGUGAUGGUUUUUAAGAAUAGCGCGUCGGCGGUAAAGUUGUAAGGUUAGGAUCGAGUGUUUGUAUUUGGAAUACACAAUUUACUGAGAUUUUAUAAUUGUCCGAUUAUAAGCAAACACUUUCUUGAUACUUUUAGAAGAAAAAUCGAUAGCAAAGAAAAUGGAUUUUCUAGAAUAUCCUGAUAUUGUCGCUGAAGUUAAGGGUGCUAUGACACCAGGUAAACUGAAAUUGACUGAUCAGCAUCUAAUUUUUAAGAGUCAGAAAACUGGUAAGGUAGAGCAAAUCUCUGCUUCAGACAUGGAAAUGGUAAACUAUCAGAAAUUUAUUGGCACCUGGGGAUUACGUAUCUUCUUAAAAAAUGGCACUCUGCAUCGCUUCAGAGGUUUCAAAGAAGCCGACCAAGAAAAGAUAGCAAAAUUCUUUUCUGUAAAUUACAAAAAGGAAACUUUAGAGAAAGAACUGAGUUUGAAGGGUUGGAAUUGGGGCACUGCUAAGUUCACAGGUUCUGUCUUGAGUUUUGACGUUGGUCAUCAUACCGCUUUUGAAAUACCUUUGUAUGAUGUCUCACAGUGUAACACAGGAAAGAAUGAGGUAACUUUGGAGUUCCAUCAGAAUGACGAUGCUCCAGUUAGUUUGAUGGAAAUGAGAUUUCAUAUUCCUGUUAGUGACAGUGCAGAUCAAGAUCCUGUAGAAGCGUUUCAUCAACAGGUGAUGGAGAAGGCCUCUGUAAUCAGUGUGAGCGGUGACGCAAUCGCCAUAUUUAAGGAAAUUUAUUGUUUGACACCACGCGGUCGUUACGACAUCAAAAUCUUCCAGACCUUUUUUCAGCUUCACGGAAAGACAUUUGAUUAUAAAAUCCCUAUGUCAGCUGUUUUAAGACUUUUCCUGCUACCUCAUAAGGACAAUCGGCAGAUGUAUUUCGUCGUAAGCUUAGAUCCUCCUAUAAAGCAAGGUCAAACACGGUAUCAUUAUCUGGUGCUGCUAUUUAAGCAAGAGGAAGAAACCUUCAUUGAAUUGCCGUUUACUGAAAAAGAACUGAAAGAGAAGUAUGAGGACAAAUUGACUAAGGAGUUGGCAGGACCGACGUACGAGGUGCUCGGCAAGGUCAUGAAAGUGAUCAUUAACCGCAAGCUGACCGGGCCCGGACACUUCACAGGUCACACCGGAACUCCUGCGAUUGGCUGCUCAUUCAAAGCCGCUGCUGGCUACCUGUAUCCGUUGGAGCGUGGCUUCAUUUAUGUGCACAAACCGCCGAUACACAUACGUUUCGAGGAAAUCGCGUCAGUGAAUUUUGCCCGCGGCGGUGGCUCCACCAGAUCAUUCGAUUUCGAGAUUGAACUCACGAGCGGAGUAGUGCACACGUUCAGCAGUAUCGAGAAGGAGGAGUACGGCAAGCUGUUCGACUUCAUCACGCUGAAAAAGCUGCGCGUUAAAAACCGUGGCAAGAGCGAUAAGCUCAAUUAUGAUCAGGACUUCGGCGACAGCGACCAGGAGGAUGAACCGGACGCUUACCUGGCGCGUGUGAAAGCGGAGGCGCAGGAACGGGACGGCGAAGAGAAUCAAGAUUCUGAGGAAGGGUCGACCGACGAAGACUUUAAUCCAAAUCAAGACGAAAGCGACGUUGCUGAAGAAUACGACAGCAAUCCCCGCAGUUCUGAGAGUGGUGAAGACUCGGACGCGUCUGCGGCUAGUCACAAGGAGAAGAAGGAGAAGAAGGAGAAAAAAGAGAAGAAGUCCAAAUCGGCGAAGACGGUGUCGGAGAAACCGCGUAAGCCGCGAAAGCCAAAGAAGGAGAAGGACGCGAACAAGCCCAAGAGGCCGCCGACGGCGUUUAUGUUGUGGCUGAACAGUGCGCGCGAGAGCAUCAAGGCGGAUAACCCGGGCAUUGCCGUGACGGAGAUCGCGAAGAAGGGCGGCGAGAUGUGGCGGGAGCUGAAAGACAAGUCGGAAUGGGAGGCCAAAGCGGUCAAGGCCAAAGAGGAAUAUGCGGUGUCGAUGAAGGAGUACGAGGCAAGCGGAGGCAGCAAGUCAAAGGACAAGAAAGAGAAGGAACCGAAAAAGAAGAAGGAAACGAAAAGAGACUCAUCCAGUAAGCUAAUGAGUGGCAGCUCUUUUAAGAGCAAAGAAUACAUUAGUGACGACGGCAGCAGCAGCGACGAGAGCAAAAAGUCCGAGAAAAAACGCUCCGAUGACGGGGACAGUGCGGACGAGAAAGAGAAAGAGAAAGAGAAAGAGAAGAAGAAGAAGAGCGAAAAGCGACCCGCGGAGGACAACAAAACAGCGAAGAAAAAACGCGAUCAGUCGGACGACAGCGAUGCGGAAAUGCCGGUUGAGAGUACACCGCCCUCGUCCGACGCGGAGUCCAAAGACAGCGAUUAUGGCUUUCCGGAACGAUCAACGAUGAGCAACAAACAUAGUCCGGGUAGGAUCACAUUGGGGAUGAUAAAGGGUAAGCCUAUUACUACAUCUGUGCCAGUAAUCCAUUACCGAGCCAAUGAUGAUGAGCUGGAGGAAUUAUAUCCAAGUUCAUCAGACGAUGAGAAACGUCUCACCCCAGAGUCCGACAAGGGAAGAAUUCCAUCAAGCCCUUCUAAGAGCAGUGACAAUGGUCAAGGAAUGGAGAACGAGUCGGGGAGACGUUCUGUCGAUGGCAAUUUAUCGGAAGGUACUCCACCAUCCUCAGAUCCGUGGAAGAUGCUAUCGGAGAUCAAGGGAAAGAUCACAAAAACGUUCGAGGAAAAACUCUCCGAGAUAAAGAGCGAUAAAAAGCAGAAGAAGAAGAAACGAAUCAACAAGGACAAUUCUAGCAUCAGCGAUUCUGAGGAUCUCGGCGAUAUCACGCCGACCGACGAAAAUGUCAAUGAGAAACAGGAGAAGGAGUCGGGUGGGGCUCGUCGUAAGAGUAAUACCGCGAGAUUCUUCUCCCAGGUGAGAACCGGCUUGAAAACCAAAAACUCUCAGGACGAUAGUGUGGAGAGCGGUGUCGAAGCCGCAGAGUUUCCCGAGGAUGUUCCUGAGGCACUUCUUCUCGAGUCCCAGGUUGAUUUUAAUACUGAGGACAAGAGGAGCGACACAACGAGCUAUUUGUCCGGCCACUCAGAUGAUUACGUCCCGAAUAAACGGGAAGUGAAAUUCAGCGAGUUGCUCUCCCGUUUGAAGGAUCACGUGCUACAGCAACUCACGAAGCAACUGACCGCACUGCUAUUUUUCGUGUUAGCUUUCUGCUAUCUUAUUCCGUUGCCCGCGCACUUAGUUGGCUUUUCCAUAGGAGUUUUCGCCACGCUGACGGUUUACAAGCUAGUGCAAAAAAUCAAAGAGGUCUUAGCGACACCGUUGGAGGAUGAGCCUGCGCACACAGUAAUGCCGGUAUUGGAGAUACCGGCGGCAGAGGAGCACGCGGUCCAAGAAAGAUACGAAGGAUGGUUGAACGAACUGCCGUACACCUACGACCCUAAUAACUAUCACGUAGCGCGCACAAAAUCAGUCUUCUUCAGUCUCGAAGGUGGUAUGCUGCGCGUUAUGGAGACCAGGAUGAAAGUACCAAAGAGAACAGUGUGGGAUGAGCCAAAGCGGAAGUACAAGUUUACCAAAAAACGCGUGUACAAUCUCACCGGUGCAAAAGUGGAGCUGUUACCGGACGGGCUUAUUCGAAGAAGGAGAUGGAGCAAGAAAUAUCCAAUUUGUAUCACGAUGGAUCGCGGAGCAUUGAUAGACAGCACAAUAUUGAACGUUUCGGCGGAUGGGCUUGAAAAUGAAACUGAGGACGAGAAGAAGAUUCUCCAGACGGAAGAAACCAAUAAAGAAGGUGAUGAAAGCACCUUAGAAGAAACAAAGAGUGAAGAUGAAGAUUCCAGAUUAGAAGCUUUCAAGGACAACGAAGAAGAGGAGUUAAAAGUUGACGAAGACGAAGAUGAAGACGACCUUUCGCAAUCAAAAUCCCUUAGAAGUAUUUACGAGGAUUGUCACGACGACGAGGAGAUUACAAAAUAUAAGAUGUAUGUGUUUGCACGCGCCGAUCGAGAAAAGGAAGACUGGUUUCGAAGAUUGACAUUAGCAGCGUCCAUUUCGAACAAACGACACUCCACCUGCUCUGUAAACGAUUCCAUGACCUGCGGAAACUCAACUUUAGCGCAGUCGGAUGUGGCAGAAGCGAAAUUGCUCGACGUGUCUCCCGAAGUCAGCUACAACACGUAUAUGAGCAAGUACCUGGACAUGGACCCUGAGAGUUCUUCUAGAGAGAACGACGUUCUCUGGACGAAUUGCCUUCUGGGACGACUGUUGUUUGACAUGCACUGUUGCCCGGAAACGAUCAAUCUCAUUCAGGACAAGAUCCAGCGUAAGCUCUCCAACAUAAAGCUUCCGUAUUUCAUGGAGAGUCUCCUGGUGUCGGAAUUGGUGAUCGGACAAGAUGCUCCGACGAUUCAUAAGAUUACCAAGCCGAUGCUCGACGAACGCGGGCUAUGGCUCGACUUGAAUAUCACCUAUAAAGGGUAUCUGACGAUGACUGUAGAAACGAAGCUAAACCUGAUGAAGCUGACGCGCGCGAACACCAUUCCCGGUGACGUCGACGAAAAGUCGGUUCCCACUAGGUCACCGAUGUUCGACAGCGACGUGGAAGAUAGCCCGGAGACAUCUACAGAAGACGAAGAUGUCGGAAAUAUCGCGUCGUGCGACCACAAGGACGGCACGCCGACACAAUCCUCCGGCAAAAAAUUCCUCAGCAUGGUCGACAAGUUGACAGCCAACAAAUAUUUCCGACACGCCACGGAAUUGUCUUACAUACGAAGAGCGAUGGAGGGUGUCUCUAACAUGGAGAUUCGCUUUAUGGUCAGCGUGUCUGGCAUCGAGGGCUGCUUAUCGGUGAACAUCCCUCCGCCACCGUCUGAUCGACUGUGGUACGGCUUCAAGUCAGUUCCGAAGAUCGCUCUUACCGUGAAACCAGCUCUCGGCGAAAGGGCCGUCAACAUCGUUUACGUGACCAAGUGGAUUGAGACCAAGCUGCUCAGGGAAUUCGAAAAACUAGUUGUCCUGCCAAAUAUGGACGAUUUAGUCCUACCACUCUGCCCAAAUUAUCCGUUUGUUGCGACGUAAAAGUGAGAUCGUCUUACGUCGGCGAAAAGUGUCUCCUCGUUUAACCUUUUUUUAGUUUUAUACUUUCUAUUCGUACUGACUUCAUAUAUUCCUUUCUGUGAUCAUGUUUUUUAUACGAUCGUGUCAGGAGGUUGGAGAAAUUUUUCUUUCCUAAUACAACGAUUUCAUUAAGAUUUUCGUGAAAGAUAUCCGCGAGAGAUAAAAAAAAUGAGGAGACUUUCGAACUUCGUGGACGAGAAUGAUGUAGCUCUAGCUAUUUUUACACAAUUUCUUAAUGUUACCGUUAUUACGUUGUUUACACACCGCCGAGUGCGUUCAACCUGUUACGUGUUACGCGGGUGUGUUGACAAAGAAAGAGAGGAGAAGAAAGAUUGUGAUAUCGUCCGUUAUAAGUUACAUUACGGAUAUUAUUUUUACAUUUAUAAAAAUUAAUGAAAGAAGGGGAGGGGAGAUUAGACUCGCUACGAGUGAGUGUUGUUUUUAGAAUAUUACAAAAAAAAUAUAGUGAACGAAAGGGAGUAACAGAGAUAGAGAGAGAUGCAUAGAGAGAAGUAAAAUGAUUUAAUCAAUGUUAAGUGCAAAACUUGCUGCAGAUUGUUUAACUGUACAAGUGUAAAUAUUAGAAAUCCGGUGCCAGCCGUCGCGUUAUUCUAGAAGAAAAAGAGAUACGUGUCGAUGUUUGUGUGACCGUUUAAUUAAUUAUUUAAUCACGUGGCAGCUGAUGAAGAUGUAUUUUGCUAAUUUAUUGUUAAAAUACGGGUAUUAUCGAAUGAAUUACAAUGAAAUCAAACAAUCGGCAAAUUUGCCAAGUGAUCGACGAAACUGUCGAAAAGUUGAGAAUCAUAUGUAUAAUAUGAAAUAAAAACAACCACGAAGUAAUAGAAUCCUAUUUUCGCUUUAGCAAUUGAUUUUGCAACUGCAUUGGCCGAGCGAAUAUUGUGAUUAACGAUCGGCAAAGUGUGUAAAGGAGAAAUAUGCGUUGGUACGUUUUAUUUGGAAAAAUAAAACUCAACAGUCGCUUAAAAUUAAAGUUUCGAGCAAACGCGAGCUAAGACAUCAAUUUUACGAAUGAAUCAUUAUAAUACGAGAAUGCAGAAUCGUAUUAUGUUUACCACGUGCGAAUUGUAAUGAUUAAACAAUACGUAAAUUUUUAUUUCUCCAUAAAUAACUGUGUUGCUGGGUGUCCCAGCAGAAAGAUUUACUCUCCGUCUCUGUUCGAUCGGCCGCUGAAUAAAUGCUUCUGCUUGUUCUGCUAGUUUCUGCUUCGUUAAUACUAUUCAACGAUAUUAAGUUCAGCUUACAUCUAGCGUGAUAUCGGUCGUGAAUAAUGGUAACGUUUGUUGCAACGACUCUCGAACGCUGUCGCAAAUUCACCAUAAAAGUUGCCUCAACUUCAACUCUUACGAUCUACGACGUUUGCCUGACUUUAACAAUAACGAAUUAGAUAUUUUUUAAGAGUGCUUUGAAAAUAUCUAUUUAACAUCUAUUUAAGGCGAUUGAUGAUAAUUCAUAGACAACGUUUCUUUUCUUAUGAGUGAUAUUACGAUUGAUGUAGAUGGAUCUUUAGACGGAAAAAAGCGUAGAAACGUUCAUGGAUGUAUAAUCGUAUGUGUAAGAACGAGUAUACGAUUUGUAUGUACUAGCCGGUUGCUUGAUUUGUGGGCUGUGUCAUUUUGUUUGAUACUAUAAAAGAUAUAUGUGUGAACGUUGUGUAUUUGCGUGUCUCAGGGAGAUUCUAAUAUAGAUGUAAAUCCUAGAGUCACAACGUGAUUUUGUUAGAUAAAAACCACAAUAUUCUUAAACGUAAGGGGAACUUUUUAUUAUACAAGCGUAAGAAAUUACGUUUUGAAAGGGCCGAUUCAUGAGUUCAACGACAUUAUAUAAUAUAUAUAAAACUUAUUGAAAUAUAUAAAACAAAUAUAUUUUGUAAAGAUUUUUCAGACGAUGUUUUACGUUCAAGAUUUGGACCAUCGUCGAUCUCACGUUGUGGUUCUAGAAUUCAAAUACAAAGCUGUAUAUUGUAACGGUUUUUGCAGAAAUAAAUUAUUGUAAAUUGCCA